CAAAGUUUAGAAUGUUCUGAGAUCCACACGUGAAGCUGCAAUUUUGAAAAUUGCCUUGAAUACACUUGGCAAAAAUCAAAUCAACCAUGGACUUUGUAUCCGUUUUGGUCUUACUUGUGACCUUGAAAUCAGCAUCAAGUAUUACUAUAGUGGAGGACACUGCAGAGAGAAACGGCUUAUCAAACAAAGCAAUUACUGACAUCACAACUCAACAGCUUCUAUUGAUGAACAAACUCUUGUUUCAACUUCAGCCGGAGAAUCAACCAAAAUGCCAAGAUAAUUCGAUGUCCCAGACUCUCUUAGAUGAUCUCAAGAACUUUUGGAUCAUCAAAGACCAAGUCAAGAACGCCUUGAUUACCUUAGCAGAAUUGAUCGUACAAGUUCAAAAUGCCGAGGAGUCCCUCCGAUAUCUGGACUUGGAUAACAAAUAUUUAAAGCGCACCUUGGAUCAUCUAAAAUUGGACGUCCGUUCCUUAAAGAAAAGUCGAGAAAAAGAAGGACAAAAAUCAAGCGUCUACUUUGACGCGUCCAGGUCCACGGAUUUUGCCCUUCUCGGCAAUUUGACCUAUACCUACUGUCAAGUGAAUGUCGGAAACGGACUUGACUUAGCCACUGGCACAUUUCAAGCCCCAGUUUCUGGCACUUACUUGUUUUCCUUUCAUGCUAAUACGAUGAAAGGUAAGGAUGGUCUGGUUCUCAUGAAGAAGAACGGGGAUAUCAUGGGAGGCAUGUAUGACACGGAUAACUUCAAUCAUAACACGCUGGCUCAAAGCCUUAUGGUUGCCUUGAACGAAGGUGAUAUGGUUUGGAUCGAGAUCCUGAGCGGCGGAGUCAGAUCGAACGAGAACAUCUACGUUCAUUUUUCGGGCCUUCUCAUCCGGUAGAAUAGCAAGGGAGUGAUAAUCUCCGAUGGUUCUUGUUUUAUUGUCAAUGCAGAGAAGUUAAUCGAGGAAUUCGUGAAAGCAAUGGAAUGACCAUGAAUAGCAGAUGAAAAUAACAAAAUCUGGUUAGACUUUA